AUGUCAUCCACAGCUGCCGACGAGUACCAGCUACAGCGGUCGCGCAACGGAUGUCUCACGUGCAGGACACGCAGAGUCAAGUGCGACGAGGGCAGGCCCGUAUGCGAGCGCUGUCGCGUCGGAGGACGAGACUGCGCCUAUGGGCCCGACAAACCGCUCAACCCUCGCAAGCGGCGGCGAAAGGUCCUCGGCGUGUCGACAGCACCCAGCACCCCUCCCAAUGACCGCGCCGCAUCGCCGCCCAACGCCGUCGCUGGCCCGUCGACGGCCUCGGCGGUCCACUCCACCCCGUCGUCCUCCGUUGCCCUCAUGGCCGCCGUCGCGGCAACUGCCCCUCGCGCACCCAUCCCACCACCAGCUGCGCUGACGGGGGAUAUCGACUGGAUCUCGGGUCGGACUCGCAUGUCGUUGAUGCUCGAUGCCUCCCUCCUGUCGUCCUUCUUCCCUCGGUUUGACGAAAUGGCAACGUUUCGCUACUACAUUGAACACGCAGAGGACCUUAUCGCGUUCCUUGGACCAUACAACCAAGGCGGCCAGUUCAACCCCUGGGUCUCGAUCCACGCGCCGCUGGUGUUCCGUCACGCACCUGGGACUACCGAUGCCAUUCGAACAGCUAUCGUCGCCGUCGGUGCCGUGAGGCUGCAAUAUGUCGACGACCCCCUCAACCAACGCGUAGCGCAGCGUAUCGCCACGGACGCCCGAGAUCGAGUGCUGCAGCUGCUGCGCGACAUUCUCACCGGCCCAGAGCGCUACCCGGACGAGAUUGAGGGCGCGUUAGCAGCCAUGCUGUCCUGCACCGUUGCAUGCACGCUCGCUGCAGACAACGGGUGGGAGGACAUGCUCGCCAAAGCCGUGGCGCUGAUCGACCGUGUCGGCGGUGCCGAAAAACUGUGCGCCAACCUGCCCAAAAACCAGUUCUCUGCCACCCGCUUUGUCCUGGAACAGCUGGCUGUGCGAGACGUGAUCGCGUGCAUGACCCUGGGCAGGCGGCCGUGUAUCCUCCGCCAACCGUUCGAGCCGUGGUUCUUUGAGAUUGAGCGGUGGAGCGGCAAGGACGUCGAGUGGGAGAGCAUCGAACGGCAGUUUGGCGUUACGCGCGGCAUGGUCGACGUCAUGGCGCGUGCAUGCUCCCUCAUUGGCGUCGCCCGCGAGCGCAUCGCGUUGGAAGGCGCCGCGUCCGGCAACCCGCCGCGCGAAAUCCAGGACGCGGCCAACGGCCUGCUCGCCGAGCUGCAGGUCUGGGACCACGGCUUCAACUAUACCCCGUACCACGUGCGCACGCAGUACGGUAACCACUGCUAUCGCCACGGCAUGCGCAUCGCGCUCAUGCGCGACGUACUCGGGUUGGACCAGGACAACGAACGCAUCGUGAGCUGUGCGCACGCCAUCAUCGAGCUCGCACGCGAGCUUGAUUUCGAAAAGGGCCCCAGCAUGAACUGGCUCCUGUGGCCCCUCAUGCUGGCUGGAUUCCACCUGGGCUCCGAUAUGGAGAUGCGCACCGCCUGCCUCAGCCUCCUCGAGUACCCCGGUCCGCACAUGUGCUUUGACUCGCGAGCGGGUAUCCGUCUCCUGAAGGAGUUCUGGGAGCAGCAGGACGCCCACAGCCCGGGCCAACUGAGUCACUGGCAGAAAUGA